CUACAUGUCCGUUUCGUCGCUCGGUAACGCACAAAACACUAUGGAGGCGUCGUCGUCAGCGGCGGCGGUGCGCGAGCAGAAGCGACAGCGCGAGGGAGGCGCGGUUCCAUCGAUGGCGGCGGGGAAGGCGAAGUACAAGUACCUGUCUAUCGCCGACGCUCUUAAGGCCCCCGGAUUCCGAGUCUGCAUCUUCGCCACCGUCAUCGAGAUCGGCGCCGCCUUCCGCAGCCGCGGAACCGAUUUCACUCUUACAUUGAGGAUAGCUGAUCAAUCUCGUACAUCUGGUAUCUCCGUGACUUUCUUUGCUAACAACCCUGGACUACUGCCAUGUGUUAGGUCAAGCGGAGAUGUCAUCAGUCUCCAUAAUGUUGAGAUAAAAUUGCUUCAUGGAGAAUACUUUGUAACUUUUAACAAAAGGCUUUCUUCGUUUGCACUAUUUGGAGGGAUGGUAUCUACAGAAUUCACGCCUUACCAGAUUUCUAUGAAACAUCAUGGAAGCGAACUUGACAAUCAAAUUUUAACCCAGAUGAGACUGUGGCUUGUGUAUCAUCCUCCAGGUCUGAAAGAUCUUGAAUUGCAGCUAUGGAAUAUAAAGUCUGAUUCUACUUUUGAUCUUGUAUGCAAGGUCCUUCAUGUCUGUCAAGCUCCCAGUGGCGAAUGGAUUUUUUAUGUCUGGGAUGGAACUGAUACUCCUGCAACUGAGCUUCAGACACUUUUGGACACGGAAGCAGUUACACCAACCCCUCUGCAUCCUGAAGAAGUGCCGCUACCCAGGGAGGUUUUAUGCACGCUGCCUUGUGUUGGAACUGUCCUGAGGGUAUUCUCAAACAGAUUUUCCAAGGAAAUACUACACUUGCAAAAGGAUAUUUACUGGGCCAGGUUCUGCAAUAUUACUUGCAAACAGGAGUUUGGCAUGUGGCAAGGCAGUUUGCUGCCAUCUAGUAGAAUUCGUCUUUUAUCUAAUGAAGAUGGCAGUGUCGUAGAACGUUUGAAGACGUACGACGGUCGUUUUGCCACCCAAGUUCAUCGAGAGCCAAUGGCUAGCCUCCACAAGACCUCUAAUAUUACUGAUGUGGAAUUCCAGAGAGCAGGUUACACAACAUUAAUGGAGUCGCUCACCCAUGGAGAGGUGACGCACAAAUUCAAAACCCUGGUCCGUGUGGUGGCGGCGUACCCUUGUCAAGGCAAAGAGCUGCAUUCACUAUUGACGGGUGAUUAUUGCCUUCGGCUGACUCUCGAGGAUCCUACAGCGAGAAUCCAUGCAUACGUCCACAAGGACGACGCGGUGAGCUUUUUCGGCGGUUUCCUCACGCUGGCUGCGCUGACCAGGAAGAUGAAUAGGCUGCUGGGCGUCCCGGAGCCAGAAGAUGCCGAGGAAGGCAUCGCUGGGGGCAGGAACCCUCCCUGGAUAUGGUGCUGCCUGAAGUCGUACCGUCUGGACAAGUACGACCCCUGGGGCAGUAGACGGUAUCGGAUCUUCGGCACGGAGAUCAGGGACUGAGAUAGCCGGAAGGUGAUCCGUCGAUCCGCGACGUGGCGAACCGCCUCGGAGACGGCACUGUGUACAGAGAGAGGUCUGCCUGAAUUGACACUAGCCAUUCCGGUGCUGCUGCUUGUUCCUAGACUAGAGGAGCCACUUCUGUUGGUGUACUCUUAUACUGGAUUAGUGCAGUUUUUCUGCAGUCGAUGGCAUGAUGGCACUAGUCACCACUAGUGUGCAUCCUGUGUUAUCCUGUAUGACUUGUGCUCCUACCAAAUCGAGAAGUCGAUGGCACUAGUA